AUGGUCCACUCGCAGCCACGCAGGCGCCAGGCUAGCAUGUCCCUGCAGAGGUGCCAUGGCCCACUAGCAGCAUGGAGCUCAGCAGACUGCGUGUCCAACAUGCUGCUCCACCUCGCAGGCCCGGCGAUCACAGAGAGGCAUGGAGGCUGCGGCCUGUACGGAUUCUCUAAAUGUAGAAAUGAAAUGGCUACAAAUGAUGGGAACAGAACUGAAGCUGUUGAGUUCUUCCUUAUGGGAUUCUCAGACUCUUUGCAGGAUCAGAUCACACAUGGCAUUUUAUUUUUGCUAGUUUAUCUGGCAGCUCUUACAGGGAACCUGCUCAUCAUCGUGCUUACCACUGUGGAUAUCCACCUGCAAACGCCAAUGUACUUCUUUUUAAGAAAUUUGUCUUUCUUAGAUUUUUGCUAUAUUUCUGUCACUGUUCCUAAAUCAAUUGUCAAUUCCUUUACUCAUAAUACUUUCAUCUCUUUCUUUGAAUGUGCUCUGCAAGUAUUCUUUUUCAUGGACUUGGCUUCCACUGAGACGGCCAUUCUUACAGUGAUGUCCUACGACCGCUAUGUGGCCAUCUGCCGGCCCUUACACUAUGAGGUCAUCAUGAACCAAGGUGCCUGUGUCAAGAUGAUGACCAUGUCGUGGCUCAGUGGCGCCAUCUCUGGGUUCUUACAUGUGACAUCUACUUUCUCCUUACCAUUCUGUGGGUCCUAUACAAUUCAUCAUUUUUUCUGUGAUAUUCCACAGCUGCUAAGCCUCUUGGACUCCAAAGUGAUAAUCAGUGAGAUUAGAGUCAUGGUUUUUAUAACCAGUCUUGUGAUAAUCUGCUUUGUUUCAAUUACUGUCUCGUAUGUGUACAUUUUCUCCACCAUCUUGAGGAUUCCAUCCAAGGUGGGUAGAUCAAAAACAUUUUCCACCUGCAUUCCACACCUUGUGGUGGUGACACUCUUUCUAGUAUCUGGUAGCAUUGCCUAUGUGAAGCCAAUUUCAAAUUCCCCUUCCUUUGCAGACCUUCUCCUGCCUGUGUUCUACACAGUUGUACCUCCCACCCUGAAUCCCAUCAUCUACAGUCUGAGGAAUAAGGACAUGAAGGCAGCUCUCAAAAGGCAGCUUGCUAAAGCAAAUUGGGUAUAUCUACAGAUAAGUUUAGAACAACGAUUAAAUCACCUAGGUAACACUCCAGUUUUGACAGUGAAGGAGCAGGAGAGAAAGCAAAGCAAAACAAGGGCCAAAUGCAUGAGAAUGGUGAAUUAUGAUUGGCAUCAGAGCUACUUCCCUGCUCCUCUACGGACCACCUUGUGA